AUGUCGUUCAUCCUGCAAGAGAGGAAGAUUGACACAAUCUUUCACCUAGCGGCUCAAACACACGUGGAUAAUUCCUUUGAAAGUUCAUUGGAGUUCACUAAGAAUAAUGUCAUGGGAACGCACGUCAUGUUGGAAGCUGCCAAAUCGCAUGGAAUAAAAAGAUUCAUUUAUGUCAGUACCGACGAAGUCUACGGUGAGAUUGCAAAGACCAGCUCAGAUUGCCGUGAGGAUUCAAUAUUAGCUCCGUCGAAUCCUUAUUCGGCGACAAAAGCUGCCGCGGAAUGUCUCGUGAAAGCGUACCACAAGUCAUUCGGACUGCCGGUAAUCGUCACGAGAAGCAACAACAUCUAUGGUCCCUAUCAAUACCCCGAGAAGAUAUGCUCGAAAUUUAUUUGCAGUCUUAUCCGUGGAGGAAAGUGUUACAUUCAUGGUGACGGGUCAAACUCUCGCAAGUAUCUGUAUGCGGGAGACGUUGCCGACGCGUUGGACAUCAUCUUGCACAUGGGAAAGUUCGGUGAGAUCUAUAACAUCGGGUCAAAUUUUGAGAUUUCCAAUCUUGAACUUGCAAGACUCUUGAUACGAAAAUUCGGAUACAACGAGGACGAUCACAUUGAAUUCGUGCAAGAUCGCGCGUUCAAUGAUAUGCGAUAUGCUGUGGAUUAUUGUAAGCUACGGAACCUAGGAUGGAAACCUCGUGUGGGAUGGGAAGAAGUCGCGUGGUACAAGGAAAAUGGUGACGUAUGGUGGGGCGAUGUCUCUCGCGCCUUGGCGCCGCAUCCGAUAAAAGUGUCGCCUUCGGGGGACUUUCCUAACCAGUGA